AUGCUUUUUCUGCUGCCAUUGGGCCUUCUCAAUACUCGCCUGAUUCUCCUAUCAUCCGUCAAGUUAACACGAGAGUAUAGUGCGCGUCGCGAUGAAGGCCAGACUCUUGCCACUCGAAUCAUUGCAUCGCUUACCGACGGUCAGCAGGACAUCAUCAAUCGUAUAAUUGCCAGCAACGGACAGCUGUUUAGCGAUCUCGAACAAUCCAUCACCGAGAGUGAAAGGCGAAAUGCCAAACAAGUGAUCGUCUCCGAGCAAAACAUUGUCGGCCGUCUACAGACAGACAAGGAUGAUGUCCGCCAGCGCGAGGCGCGACAACGGCUGUUGAAGAGUUUGGAGUUCGACACCAUCAAUCAACGUCAAAACUUCAUCCGGAACCGAGUCGGAGACUAUGGAAAGACUUAUAGCUGGAUAUUCGAGCCAGGACAGGGUCAUGGUUUUCGUGAAUGGCUGGUGUCUGGCAACGGCAUUUUCUGGAUCAAUGGCAAACCGGGUUCCGGGAAAUCUUCUCUUGUGGACUAUAUCGUGGACCAUUUGCAUCCCGGGAAGCCAGCUCGGCCACUACUUGAAGAAUGGGCGUCUCCAUUGCCUCUCAAAGUCUUGAGCUUUUUCUUCUACAAGCCGGCUAACGAGGAACUCCAGAAGACAUUCCAUGGUUUAUGGCGGUCUCUCUGUUUCCAAGUUCUUGCUGAUGACCUUGCACUUUGCGACACUAUCCUCAACGAUGCGGACCUUCCCCUGGCCCUCAAACGAUAUCUAGGCAUGGAUCUCGACUUCCAAAAUCACUGGAUGACCAAAGAUCUCAAGACGUUUUUUCUGUACCUCAAAUACAAAAUCUCACACAAGGUCUUUGUCAUACUGGACGGCCUCGAUGAAUUCGCCGAGAACCACACUUCUCUACUCGAGACUGUCAAAGAGCUAUCCAGUGUAUCCGACCUGAAGCUUUGCUGCGCCAGCCGCCCAGAUGCACCGUUCAACCAAGGCUUCUCGACCACAGCUAAGAUGAGAUUACAAGAUCUUACGUACGGUGACAUCGAGCACGUCGUCCACGAUCGGUUGCAAGGUACACUCGCCUCUUCGCUGGCGGAAAAAAUUGUGUGGCGAUCAGAGGGUGUAUUCCUAUGGGCUCACCUGAUAUUGCAGGACAUAAUGAGAGGCAUCGCGGAGGGUGCUGAUCUGGCAGAAUUGACCGCUCGAGUCGCAGAUGCACCCGGAGAGAUGAAGGACCUGUUCAACUCCAUGCUGGAGCGUGCUCAUUCCUCGUAUCUGAAACGGCCCAAACCAUACCUUCAGUAUAUCUUGCUUGGCCGACAAAUGCGCCAGAAAACCCUCAUAUCCGAGUUACUGUUCACCGAAAUGAAUCAAGAAGAAUUGGAAAUCUGCCUUCGCGAUGGCUUCUCGGUUGAUUUCAUACGCCUGCUCAACGACGGGGCACGCACGAUAAAAGCCCAAGUUCUUGCACGGUGCGGAGGACUCGUCUAUACGGCAGACUCUUACGCCCGCGCUGGUAACCCCACGGGGAAAUCGAUCUGCCAGACGUCUUUCAGUGUAUCUCUCCCUAAGGAUUUCGACCGCUCUGCGCUAGACGAAGCUUCCGGUACCGUGCUCGAGUUCAUUCACAGGACUGCUUUCGAUUUUCUGACCGAAGACUCCGGCGGACAACAUUUCGUUGCGUCGUGCUCCAUUUCGGAGAAUGAAGCGUAUCUGAACCUUCUCAGGGCAAACGUGGCAAGGAUAUACCUGGGAUGGGACCACCCACUAGAAGAUUGCGAAUCCGAGUAUACAGCAUAUUUUCACCUUGACAAGAUCUCUUCGCUGGAAUCGCGCCUGGAAAAGGCGCCGAUGAUGCAUCAGUACUACCACCACUUGACGGCCUCUUGGCUGGAAAAACUGGUAGCUGAUUUUUGGCUGUCUUCACAGUCACCCACUCUUGAGCAAGCAGGACAUCAGAAAGUCCACCCACUGUGGAAUGUCCUCGGAUGUCGCCGGUAUCCUGCCGGCGUACCCCUGGGUUUGAUGGUUGAGACGGCUCACGCUUGCACCCACGGCCUUUGGAGUUUCUUGACCAUGCGUGCGCUAUCACUGCCACUCGAGCAGCGACAAACACUUGUUGCCAUGAUCUGGAUUCUUGCCUCAGACUCGUGGACAUAUGAAAGAGGUCAACUUCAGGACUCGCGCAUCUACCUUGAUUUCGUGGCGAGCCUUCAGUGGGGAAACGCUGAGCAUUUGGUCACUCCAAUGACGAACGUGAGGAGUCUGAUGUGCACGACUCAGGAGGACGACGUGAUUGAGCUACGAACGCAACGCAUCUACAUCUUGAUGUUGUCCGUGCUCUUGGAGCGCGCGCUGGCUGGUUCCGGUCGUCGUAUGCGAUUUGGACACAUCGACGGUACAGCACGCGAGGUUUUCGGAACUCUCCUUUGUACGGAAGUUUUAGCGUCUGGGUCUUUCGAUCUAACCAUUGUUGGCUCUCACGCGGAAUUUUGGCUCGUGCUCCCCGAAUGGAGGUAUUCCAUCUCAGACAUUUUACGACAUUACUUGUGGUUGAAGAUCCGCUGCACUAUCGAGAAUCUGGUCUGUCUCCUCAUGCCUGGACGCGGCUAUCCGGAAUGGGGCUUGCCUGGCACUGGCGACCUACCAUGUCUUGUACAAUGGUCACCGCAUUCUUGCAAUCGAUUCUUCACGGUGGGGCAGGAGCAACCUCCGGAGUUAUGGUUAUUGAGGGAUGGUCAUUUUAUUCUGAAUCCCGAGUGCGUUGUCCACGUGCCUGAGCAAGAGCUUGACGAGCUGAGCGAAGCGAUGAGGUCCGACUUGCGCGAAGAUCACAGCGAGGCCGAGCCUGGGCGUUUACUUUGUUUCACCUCUGACUUCCGGGACACGCUGCGACGCACUCAGCAAUAA